UGUGAGAAAAGUUACUUAAUUAACUAUUUUUAAACGUGAGCUACAACGUACGCUCCAUGAUAGUCCUUCAUUGAGCGAAUAACAGACCAAUCGCUCAAAAACAAAUGUGGAGACGCGAUCCGAAUAUAAUUCACGAAAUGCAAAAUUUGUUGGUCGAAAUGGACGACAACGAAAUCGCAGAGGAGGGUGUUACAAAUCCGCUGGACCUCUUCGUCAACGAGUGCAAUGAUUUGGAUGCGGAGGUGAGGAUAAGUUCGAUAAAAAAAUUGGCGACCGUCGCAGUGGCGUUGGACGCCGAAAAGACGAGAACGGAGUUGAUGCCGUACUUGGAGGACCUAACGGAGAGUAUUUACAACGAUGACGAGAUCCUUAUGAAUUUGGCCGAACAGUUGGUACAUUUCGUGCCGUUUGUUGGUGGUAUUGAGCAUGUGGAAUCGGUUUUAUGCGUCCUGGAGAAGCUCGCGGCUGUCGAGGAAAAUAUCGUGCGCGAAAAGGCGAUAGAAUCGCUGAAGAAAAUUUCUGAGGAGCUCAACGACGACGAUCUGGAGCACAAGUUUGUACCUUUAGUGUUUGGCAUGACCGAGUCGGAAUGGUUUACAUCGAAAUGCUCGAGCCCCUCUUUACUUACGGUGUGUUAUCCGAGGGUUUCCGAUGAAAUACGGGCGGAAAUCAGAAGGGUAUUCGAAUUACUGUGUAAAGACGAGUCGCCGUUGGUGAGAAGGUCAUUCGGAGGAAAACUGGGCGAUUUUAUCAAGGUCUUAGAGCUACAGUACUUGAAGGAACAGUUCAUUCCAAUCUCCGAGACUUUCUCCAAAGAUGAGCAGGAUUCCGUAAGGUUAUUAGCGGUUGAUAUUUCUUUGAACGUCGCCCUUCGUUUAACCCAGGAAGAAGUAGAUGAGUUAGUGGUGAACACCAUAACUGAGCUCUCUUGUGACUCUUCCUGGAGGGUACGAUAUCAAGUCGCGAAUAAGAUCUGCGAAAUCCAAACGGCGUUUGGCCACGACUUAACUCGCAAAUACUUAGUGUUGAUCUACCAAAAUUUGAUCAACGACGCCGAACCUCAAGUACGCGAGGCAUCGGCUAAAUGUAUAGUACGUUUCUGUGAGCUGCUACAAGAAACCCAUCAAGCGAAUCGCAAAGACGAAGAUGAUCAACUCGAUCCGGUGAUCUUGCAACAAAUCUUUCCCUUGAUACAAACCUUGGACCAAGACAAUAAUCCAGACGUAAAGGAAGCUCUUUCGAGCGUAAUCACGGCGAUUUGCCCACUGCUCGGGCUCGAAAACACGAAGCUCUUACUACUCCCCCUAAUAACCGCAUCGCUCAUGAACGACUCCUCCAGAGUGAAAGAAAACAUCAUAUCGAACCUCAACAAUAUAAUUUCCGUGAUCGGGCUGGCCGACAUCGCCGAUACCGUCCUACAAAUAAUAGUCGACCUAGUCAACAAUUCCGCUUCGGUUUGGCGCACGAGGCGUAACUUGAUCGUGACCAUAAAUUACAUCGCCAAGCACUCCGGAAGCGACUAUUUCGACACCCACCUAAAACCGCUCUAUCAAAAGUUGUUAAACGACGGCGUAUACGCGGUGCGCAAAACCGCACCGCUAAUACUACCAAUACUGAUCAAAAAUUUCGGCUUUGAGUGGGCGAAGGGGUCGAUCUUGACCAACAUUUGGCUGUUUGCCGAGCACAAACACUACCUAUACCGAUACGUCUGCCUAUUUUGCAUCGACGAGCUCGUCUCGCCAACUUUGGAGGCGAAAUGCGUGGAAGAAAACCGACUCAGGUAUCUGCAGCAGCUUAUCGGAAAAGACGACGAGAACAUUCGAAUUUUCCUCAACACUCUAAGGAAGCUAAACAACCGAUUGCAGAGAAAAUUUAAACAAGAAUGGGUCAAGAAUACCAUCGAAGCGACGCAAAACGAACUAAUUCCCGAGGACGACAUAAAGAAAUACACGGAGGAUACCAUCAACAUGUUCGUCACCGGAAACAAUUUGAGUAUACUGAGUGUUCGUAGUGAGGAUGUUUUAAUUGAUGACGUCUACUUGGAGGGAUUAUUGGAGUUGGCGGUUGGAAAGUUUUUUGACGUCCUCAAACGUUUGGCGGAGGACCCCGUGGAAAAUGUGCAAUCUCUGGUUGGUAGAACGCUGAUGAGAAUUCGAGAUCUUUGUACGGCGCUGGAUUCCGAUUUCCAAAGUGAACAGAUCAAGGUGUUCUUAAUGGACGAGUGUGAAAGUGAAGAAGAAAAGGAGAUUUCGGACGACAAUAAAUCUAUGGAGGAAGAAAUGUUGGAGAUUUUAGACGAAAAAUUGAAAGCGUAGAGUUGCAUAUUAUCGUUUCUAUCGCCUUCGGAAAAUUUAAGAUUUGUGUCUGUGUUAAUUAAUUAACGAUCGCGCAGUGACACUAAUUGCUUGCAUCACUUUUUCUAUUCCUUUUAUAGAUAAUUGCGGCUACUGAGCCGCUAAAUAUAGAAAUGAUGCCAUUUUGUGGGCAGGCGAAUCAAUAAAACACUUAUAAUUA